AACCCGCACAAAAUAUAAAUCGCACUUCCCGCUCGUGAGGCCAUAUCAAUGAAUAUUGAAAUCCACUUACUGGCGGGGGUACCAUCUUGUGAUACCUCCAACCAGCAAUGCCUCGUCUCUCCCAACUCUUCAUUCCGUUCCUGGCCACUGUCGUCAACGCCCAACAAACCUGCCCCGAGCCCGAAGACAUCGUCUACUCUCCAUUUAGGCCCUGGUUCCGCUUUGACUAUGGGCCUGAUGGGGGCGACUGCUGGACAGGUGCUAUCUGCACCCUUGGCCAGGCUGACGCGGCGCGUAAUCAGCAAUUUGCAGCCACAGCAUUGGUCAUGGGCUUGUUACCGCUGGUCCUCCGCGACAUAGCAUGGCCCGAGAGAAGAGUUGUCUUGAUUUCAGCACCCCUCCCGGUGUUAGCAGAGGUCUUUGUUCGAGCGCUAGGGCUAGAACCGAUGAUAAUGGGAAAUUUAUCCGGGCUGACAGAAGAAGAUACCCAGCGCUGGGUGAACUGGGUACGGACAAGCCCAGUUGCCGGAGCAGGCCUACAGUCGAGACUCAAAAUGAAGGUGUUGGUCGUUGUGGGUCUCUUUGUGCUGAUGGUAUCGUAUGCGGCUCUGGCACUUGUGGAGAUCUAUUCGAAGCGGUCCGCUUUGGGGUGUGUGUAUCCUGUUAUUACGUUGACCUGGUGCGUGAUUGGGGUUGUCCCUGCUGCUGUUCAUGUACUCUUCAAGACCUACUGGCGGAGGGGAGUUAAAGACGGGACGAGCAGAGCCUCCGCAGUGCAAGGGGCAGAUGAGGCGUGGCCUGUACAAUUCGCUUGGGCAAUCUAUUACAUCAUCGGGACGUUGGUGUUCACUUCGAUCAUGGCAAUCACCCCAUUGGAACUCUUCGUUUGGGUAGUUAUCAUGUCUGUUCUCACUGGUGCAAGUAAAAUGCUUGCGCUCUACAUCUGCCUGAUGUUGAGGGAUCCGACACAAGCAUGAAUACGCGAUUCAACCGAUUGAUGCUCUACAAUCUCUUCUACAUCUCAAACGAAACUGGAGUUGCCUAUCUUGGGAAUUUGUUUGGUCAGGUAGAGACGAAAAUCCAAAUGGACUCCCUCUCGUCUUUUCUCAAACGCGCAAGCUGGUCCAAGGAUGCAGAGAAAUUGUUUUUCUGUAAUGAUCCUUAUAUAGGACCUAUGAUCGUGAAAGUUGCUUGUGGACUCCUUGACUAUCUUCAGAGAUGCCGCUUUUGAGCUGGGAAGGUUCAAGGGAGAACGAAAUCACAACCGACCUUUAUCCCACGUUAUCCAAUAUCAAUCCAUAGCGAGCCUCUAAUCACAUUAGCCCUCUAUCCCUCCCGAUUGGCUUGUAUAUCGAAUACGAUUAUAAACCAAAUGGCUGCUGUAUUAAUAUGAGUAGACUGCAGCCCACUUGUCUCUUGCUUAGAGUGCAGCAAGCAACCAUUCAGGCACAGCUAUUUACUGGCUUUGCUCCUUCUCAGUCCGCUGACUCUCCUACCACAGAAACUGCAUUGUAAACUUGACGCUUAACUGCCUUACGCUAAUAUAAACAAAACCCUAUCACAGGAAGCAUAUAGAGCCUAGUCUAUCGCGUAAAGCAACACUCGUAGUAAACGAGGGGGUGUGGCACGUCUAAGAGGAAGAGAAGCUUGCCGCCGAAGGUCCACCUGUAAAGGAGAAGAACCUUCUACCGAUAACAUCUCGAGCCUUGCACCGAGAGUAAGAUGGAAGAGCACCAAGGCGCUCAUGAGAUACCAGAUUCAGAACAUGCAUAGAGCUAUGCAGCUUGUGUCAAGGGCAGACAACAGACAAGACGCAUGAUGCCCUGUGAAAAAGCUAAUAGAUGCGAUAGUUGAAUGGAAGAGUGAUCUUAUAUCCAUCAUAACGCUACGUAGAGUAUUCUGUAGAGCGUAGAUUGAGGAGACGGGAACAAAACACCCGUACCAUUUGGAACGUUUCAGUAGCAAGAUAGCCACGUAAUGCAAACAACAAAAGACUUCUUUUGAGAGGGGUUUAAUCUUAUGUUCAUCCUCUUGAGAGGAAAAUAAUCACG